AUUCUUUGGCAGAACCUCUCGAAGUCGAAGUCUCGUAGGAUGGAUAUAUUUCUCAUAAAGUAGUAUAUUUCUAAUAAAAUGAAGUUAUAUGGAAAAUAAAGAAAUCGGCGUAUCUAUACAGAAGUAAUUGCACUAAAAUCACUUAAAUUUCUUGGAAGAAAUAAGAAACAAAUGUGAUGGAAAUGGAUAAAUCUAACCAUGUUGAAAUCAAUGGUGAUCGCUUCGUGCAUCGUUUAAAAGAAUUGACAGAUGCAGAGAAACAGUGUCUAGAGAGUCAAAACAUGCGCAUUAUUCCUAAAUUAAAAGCAGCGAAAUUAGAAAAAGAUGCAAAACGCCAUUGGGAUAUUUUCUACAAACGUAAUGAGACGAAGUUUUUUCGUGACCGGCACUGGACUACACGUGAGUUUCAAGAAUUAAUUAACUUUGAUCCAGAUGAACGUAUCUUUUAUCUAGAGUUAGGCUGCGGAGUUGGCAACAUGAUAUUUCCCCUUGUUGAGGAAGGAUUCUCGAAUUUUUAUUUCUACGCGUGUGACUUUUCACCACGUGCAGUCGAGUUUGUCAAGCGAAAUAAGCUCUACGAUGAUAACCGAAUGAAAGCAUUUUGUGCCGAUCUGACUACGGAUGAUUUGUUUGAUAGCGUUACUGAAAAUAGUGUGGAUCUUGCAAGCCUCAUCUUCGUUCUAUCCGCGAUCGAUCCCACUCAUUGGUCACACGUUGCCACGGUGGCUUAUAAAGCCCUAAAGCCUGGCGGCAUGCUUUUAUUCCGAGAUUAUGGUAGAUACGAUAUGGCGCAACUACGCUUUAAGGCAGGACAUAAAAUAUCUGACAACUUCUAUAUGCGGCAGGAUGGUACAAGGAGCUAUUAUUUCACUGAGGAGGAACUGCUGAAACUAUUCAUGGAGACAGGCUUUGAGAUCAUUAUGAACACUUAUGUUCAGCGUCGAACUGUCAACUUUAAGGAGGGCAUUGAUGUGCCCCGUAUAUUUGUCCAGGGGAAAUAUAGGAAGCCUUUGGAAGGGAAAUCUAUUAGCACCUGUGAAGGAUGACUAUGCAGCAUAAAAUAAUGAUUACAUUGGUGUGGCUUAAUUUUUUUUAGAUUUCAUCAUCAUCAUCAUAAUUACAGCCCAUCACAAGUCUGUAGCUGAACAAUAUCCAAAGAAUGCCACAAAGCAUGGUUCUGAGUCAACUGCAACUGUCUUGGAUUACAAAAUGGGCACAUAGAGUUAAAAGAUCUGAAUAUCAAAAAGUGAGCACAAGGAGUUGAAAGAAAAAUAUGGAGUAGUCAAAUGUAUUUUGUGGAAUAAUCAAAUAUUCAGCCAAAUUCAAGACUAUACUAUGUUACCGACUAUUGUUGCAUUCAAUUUUUAUACUAGAUAUCAUAGUAUAUUGGAAAAAAAAUUGUGAAACAUCCUUAUUGCAUAUGGGAGAUGCUAAAAAUGAAAGUUAAUAAGUGCCAUUUGUGUGUCACAUGUUCGAAAUGUCAAUACCCGGCCACUGAGAUGACUGAUAUUGGAUUGGCUAAUGUUAUGUUUCCAGGUUCUACAAAUCAAUACCAAACCACGGAAGGUGGAUCAGAUAACGCUAUGCUGUCAGUCAACAUUUCAUCAAUAAUUUAGACUGCUACUGAUUUACUGCUGUUUGGAGUUUGAUUACAUAAUGCCGUGUUGAAAAUCCAUGACAAGACAGUAAAUAAUGGUGCUGUAAUAUCUACGGAGCGGAGUUUUCGAAAGUCUGAAAGCGAUUUCCUGACGAUAAUGAGCUCAAGUCCGCUUUGAAUGAGCAUUUUUCAGCCCAAGACGAAGAAUAUUUUUUCAAAGGAAUAGAAAAGCUUUUUUCACGAACAAGUAAAUGUAUUUAUGUCGUGGGAGAUUAUAUUG